AUGGUUCAUUCCAUUGAGGAAGCAGAUAAACCAUCCAAGAGGGGAAAGAUACAAGAUAAACAACAUGAAGCACUGGUGAUCAAAGGAGCUAAGGGGCAAACUCUAAAGAAACGAAAGACUGAGAAGGCAACACCUUCACAGCCCAAGCAGAAAAAGACUAAGAAGCCAGCUCAGAGGCUUAUUCUUCAGUCCCCGAGUGAUUCAGAUUCAGAUUACGUCCCUAUUGGACAUAAACGACCCUCUCCUACUGCAUCUGGGAUUGAAAGCUCUGAUGAGGAGGUUUCGAUUCGUGGUGCUACCCCUCCUUGCUCGCUGACUCCAGACGUACCUGUUCGCUCUAAAUCACUUUCUCCUUCACCUUCUUCUAUUCCUAUUUCCUUACCCACCACCUUCCCGAGUUAG